GGUACACCUUUGAAAUUUCUAACUCAAACGCGUGCAAAGCAAAUGCAUAGACUUGCAAGAGCCAGCGUCUCCUCCGCGUUUCGACGACCUCCAACCCACCCCCGUCGCGUAUUUCUGUGUAGACCAUCAACUUCAUCUUUGAGACAGUUCUCCACAGAUCCUUCAAAUUCUUCUCCACCCAAUGCAUUGCCAGAAUCACAGGUGGAGGCUAUUGAGGAGGAAGAGGACAAUUAUGGAUUUCCAGACGUAAUGAAACCAGACGCUAUUCAUGACGAUCUUUUAGCCAUGGAUUUCCCUCCUACCAAACGCACACCACACGCGAACCGCGUCGUCAUACGCAGUGUCUAUGAACAGCGCAUUAACCAAGGGCUAGAAACAAGCAGUCCAGAAAAUUCAGAGAACGUUGCCGAAGAAGACGAUGCUGACGAGGAAGCUGACGAGGAAGACGAGGUCUCUCCGCUCGCGCACCUCUCUCUCAGCCAGCCAGCUCUCGACAAGCUGUACAAGUUCCAGCUCAUUUCUCGCCGCAUCACGCAACAGACAGGGAAGGGGAAAAUACACCGACAGUAUGCACUUGUUGUUGUGGGGAAUGGAGAUGGGCUGGUGGGAUAUGGAGAGGGCAAGGACGACGAACUGCCUAGGGCGUCCGACAAGGCAUUCGCCGCUGCCGUUCGUAACAUGGACUACGUCGAGCGCUUCGAGAAGCGUACGAUGUGGACGGACAUGGAAACAAAGCUCGGUUCCACGCACAUCAUCCUACGGCCUCGUCCUGUCGGUUUUGGAUUGCGCUGUAACCCGAACGUGCAUCAGGUUCUCAAAGCAGCAGGCAUCAAGGAUGCCAGUGCAAAAGUAUGGGGCAGCCGUAAUCCACUCAAUGUUAUCAAGGCGCUGUUCAGGGUGUUGCAGGCUGGGAACGCGCCGUUGGCUAUGGGUGAUGGAUUUGGAGGGAAGGCCAGGAAGCUCGACAAGGGAUCUGGACUGCGUAACAAGAGUGCUGUAGAACGCGAUCGUGGGCGGAAGCUUGUGGAUCUCAGGACGUACUGAUUUUGGGGUGCUGUUAGCUUUCAUUCCCGUGUUCUGGCGUCCCUGCUUUGUGACACUCCUUUCCGCGGAAUAAAUUGAUUGGUUCCAGUGUGUUCUUUUACUCUACGUUCCUAGAGCCCAGCUACGAUCGAGACCCGAGGCGCAUCGAAAUAACGGUAACCUCAGGAAGGCACUCUUGAGCUGACGUUCGAAAUUAAAUUCUGUGCUUGUAACUUUAUCUUCACCUUCUAGAACGCACCCAGACUCAAGGUAUCACAUUAUUAAUUUGCCAUAAAUGGGUUCAAAGCCAAGGGUAAUGGGACGGCGAGCACUGCAUGGCACAUGCGUGCAUGGAUUCGUGG